AUGCAGAGAAGAAGGGUGGAUCUAAAACAAGCGAAGUCAGAGCAGGAGGAGUGUCAGAUCAUUCCCCAGGUCGUCUCUCUCAGAGAUUUCGAUCAGAUUCAGAUAAAGGAUGGAGAAGGAGUGAACUCAUUAGCAUUGUUUCCAGCCGAAAUUCGUGACAACAUUGAUCUCGUGAUCGAGAUUCUUAUGAAAUUGCCAACAAAGUUCCUGAUGAGGUUCAAGUGCGUCUCAAAGCAGUGGUCAUCCCUCAUAUUUUGUCGAUAUUUUUGCAAACGUUUGUUUACUACGGUCAGACGAAGACAACCACGCCUGUACAUGUGCUUAGUGGAUGGCGCAAGCGAGGACCGUGUACUUCUAUCAACAUCAUCACCAAUUCCAGACAACACAGCUUGUUUUGUGGUUGUCGAGCAAGAGUUGAGCAUCCCAGGGAUGGGAGGCUUAUUCUUGAACGUAGUUCAUGGCUUGAUGUGUUUCUCCCGUGGUGACAAGGUGUGUAUCUAUAACCCCAGCACCAAACAACUCUUGACAUUACCCAAGGUAAAAUCAGACAUUGUAGCUGAACAAGGUCAAAAGAAGCGUCAUACCCAGUAUUAUAUAGGACACGACCCUGUUAGUGGUCAGUACAAACUAGUCUGCACUGUUGGGGUAUGCGCGCGAAAGCCAUGUUUGGGUAAUCUGAAGUCAGAGCACUGGGUCUUCGCACUAGAAUCUGGAAGUUCGUGGAGAAAGGUUGUUACACUGGAAAACUAUCGUCAUCAUGCCCCUUCCCCGCUAGGACGGUCUACCAGUGGAUCAGUAGUACGUUAUAUGGCUUGGCCUGAUAAUUAUCAUUGUGUGGUUGUGAGUUUCGACAUUAGGUCUGAAAAGUUUACUAUCAUCCCAGUACCUAGGGAGAUGGCCGAUGAUGAGGCUGUGUCUGCAGUUACGAUGAGGGCUGAUCUUAUAGAGUAUGGUGGGAAGAUAGCAAUUUUCCAUCACACUUACCUUAAAGACGAGGGUUCAUCGGAUUUAUGGGUUUUGGAAGACGUUGGGAAGAAUGAAUGGUCGAAGAAGACUAUGGUUUUGCAGCCAUGUCAAAGGCAUUUAGUCGAAGACAUUGGAUUGAUCGUAAGGGGUACAACUCAAGACGGCAAGGUAAUCUUGGCACCGUGGAAGAUGCAUUCCCGAUUCUACAUUCUGUAUUACGACUUGGAAAGCAAUGACUUGAGAAAGGUUGAAAUCAAAGGAGUACCACGCAUGUGGCUUGAUAGAGAAGAAUGCUAUCUUGACUUGAAUUAUAUGGGUGAUAGUGAGGGCUUCAUUUACUUGGAAACUUGA